UCAGGAAAGUCUUCCUGGGACUAGGGGGCUAUGAGAUGCAUCUGGAAGGUCCAUAAUCUGCAGGAGCUGCGGCGAAGUGCCUCAUUGGCCACCAAGGUCUUUAUCCAGAGAGACUACAGUGAUGGGACCAUCUGUCAGUUCCAGACCAAAUUCCCCCCGGAGCUGGACAGCCGGAUUGAGCGGCAGCUCUUUGAGGAGACCGUGAAGACCCUCAACAGCUUCUACGCGGAGGCGGAGAAGAUCGGGGGCAGCUCCUACCUUGAGGGCUGCCUGGCCUGUGCCACGGCCUACUUCAUCUUCCUCUGCAUGGAGACCCACUACGAGAAGGUUCUCAAGAAGAUCUCCCGCUACAUCCAGGAGCAGAACGAGAAGAUCUUUGCCCCUCGAGGCCUCCUGCUCACUGACCCCGUGGAGCGCGGGAUGCGGGUCGUAUCCUUCCUGGCUGUUCUGUGCAAGGGCCCAGAGCUGCCAACUGGUGGGUUCCUUGGUGAAGACACCCAGAAAUAGGGACCACCCUAGGGGCCUCUGCUCAGGGAUUUUCCCAGGAUUCCCCACAUCACUGGUCGUCAGCUCUCCUCCCCCACUGUAAGUUAUCAAUGCCUUUUGUGAAUUUCAGGGUUUGCUUUUACUGGGCUGCAUUUCUUCAGCGCUUAAUACAUGCCAGGUAUC